CUCGGCUGGGGAGCAUUGACACUGUCUCAGGCCUUUAUCAAAGGAAGAGGCUCUCUCAUAACCACCCGCCUCCUCAUCGGCGCCUUCGAAGCCGGAUUCUACCCCACGGCCCUCGCCUACUUGACAGCUUUCUACCCCCCAUUUGACCUUGCUGUGCGCAUUGCGCUAUUCUAUGGACAAUACGCCGUGGCAGGGGCGUUUUCCGGGGUCAUAGCCUAUGCUAUAUUCCGGAUAGAACACCCGACGCUAAAGAGCUGGCAGCUCCUGUUCCUCAUCGAAGGUGGUGCGACAUGUCUUGUCGCACUGUUUGCCUGGGCAUGGUUGCCCAAGGGGCCGGAGAGUGCUUGGUUUUUGACAGCGGAGGAGAGAGCGUUAUUCAGGAGAUGUCGGGUCGUAGAUGGAGUUGGAGUUAAGGGAUGGACAGCACAGGGCGAUGGUGAAGGAACGGGAUAUAGAGUGAACGGGAGAUGCCAUGAUGAAGAUGAUACCGAGAGUCAGCGGAUGGUAGCAGUACCAUCCGCCGGAGAUGUUGAAGAAGAAGCAUCCGGACGUCUUGUAACCUGGCGAGAAAUCGUCGAAACCGUCCGUGACUGGAAGCUCUGGUUCCUCCUUCUCUGCAACAUCUGCGCCAGCAUCCCCAGCACCGCAUUCUCGGUGUUCUUGCCUUUGGUAGUAGAGGGGAUGGGAUACUCGGCCCUGCAAGCCAACCUGAUGUCAGUACCCCCCUUCGUCUUCGGCGCAUUGGGCGUCUACCUCUUUGCCCUUUCCUCCGACCGCCGUCAAGAGCGGGGGUAUCACAUCAUGGCCGGACUUGCGAUUUCAGCAGUCGGGCUAGCAGGUAUUGUUCUGACCACUUCCCCGUCCGGCAAAUACAUGGCCCUGUGCAUUCUUCUCUUCGGCUCCUACGUACCCCCGCCUCUAACCGCUGCUUGGCUAUCCAAUACCACGCGUUCCCCGAACAAGAGAGCGCUGGUGCUGGGUGUUAACGGAUGGGGUAAUCUGGCGGGGGUUAUUGGGAGCUGGGUGUUUAGGAUCGGCAGUGAGCAUGAUGGUGGCCAUGGUCAAGAGAAAAGGGGAGAUGGAUAUAGGGAGCCGUUGUUGAUUACAUUUGGGUUUGUUGGAAUGGCAAUUAUGGGGUAUUGGGCGUAUACGGAGGUGUUGAGGUGGGAGAACAGGAGGACGGGUGAGGCUGAGGCUGGGAAGAUGGUGGAGGAGAGCAGCAGGAAAAGGGAUAGCAAAAAUGGGUGUAGGAUAAUGGAUGGGGGAUCAUAG